AUGGCGAGUCCUUCACCGCAAAGUAGUCCUAUGCCGCCGCCACAAGCUCCAAGUCCAAUGGGGCCACCAACACAGAGCCCCGCUCCGCCGCAGUCUCCGCAUAGUCCAUAUAAUCAGCAGCAUGUUAAUGGACCGCCACCUUCAGCUCAUCCUCCCGGUUCUGGACCACCUCCAAUGCAAAAUCAUAUGCCCCCCGGUCCGCCACAUACUAUUGCGUCAAAUACAAAUGGACCUCCAAGUGUGGUGCAACAUCCUGGCAUGCCACCAAGCGGACAUCAAAUGCCACCACAUAUGGUAGGACCACACAUGUCUGGUCCUCCAGGACAUCCAAUGGGUGCUUCUGGGUCUCACCCACCUGGUCCAAAUGGACAUUCCAAUAUGCCGAGUAACCCACAACACCCAAACAUGCCUGGACAAGGACCUCCUCACGGUUAUAUGCAACAUCAAAUUGGACAUAUGCCCCCAAAUCAGGGUUCCAUGGGAAUUGGGGGUGGUCCGCCUCCGCCUGGUAAUGGGCCUCAAGGUCCCCCAGGUCCAUCAGGGGUACCUCUGCCCCUUGGUGGACCUCCGCCGCAUGGGGUACAUCAGGGUAUGCCCCCUAUGCCACCACACCAUAUGAUGUCAUCUCAAGGUGGAUAUUCACAUGCGUCUUCGCCGGGUGCUCCAACCCCGCCCGGCGCCCCAUCAGGCCAGACACCUCCGGGAGGCCCUCAGCAGCCCCCCACCGCACAAACCCCUCCUCACGGCUCCGCACCACCUCCCACCUCGUCAGCCAAUGGUGCACCAUCGUCCUCCCCUAUGCAAGCCUCCCUAGCUGCCUCCGGACCAGAUAAUCUAAACGCUCUACAACGUGCUAUCGACUCAAUGGAAGAGAAAGGCCUGCAAGAAGAUCCGCGAUAUUCACAAUUAUUAGCCAUUAGAGCUCGUUCGAAUUCCCAGGAUCCAAGCAAAGGACUGUUUUCAAACACCCAGCUGAGUCAAUUGAAGGCCCAAAUAGCAGCUUACAGAAAUUUGGCUCGCAACCAGCCUAUCACACAACAGAUUGCAAUGAUGGCAGCUGGCAAACGUACUGGAGACUCACCACCGGAGUGUCCCACACCACCAGCACAGCCGCCCUCACCAUACAGCCAAGGACUAAGUCAAGGCGGCUCCCAGAGCGGCGCCGGUGGGAAGGGGACAGCGGGUGACGCGGCCCGGGGCGGCGGAGGAGCCCCUCCUACACCGCUACCAAUGACGGGGCAGAUGGCGCCACCUACACAACCAACACCGCCCUUGGUCAAUCCGCCUUUGGGUCCUGCGGGUCCUAUCCGUGGAGCAGCGCCACGUCCGCCCGGCCCCGGGGGUCCACAACAACAGACACAACAACAGCCAGGAGUUCCAACUCCGGGAGCGAAACAAAAUCGUAUAACAGCGAUACCUAAGCCCGUCGGUAUUGAUCCGCUACAAAUACUCAAUGAAAGAGAGAAUAGAAUUGCUGCCCGUAUCGCUCACCGCAUGGAGGUGUUAUCAAAUUUGCCCGCAAACAUAUCUGAGGAUCUUCGCUUACAAGCACAAAUAGAACUACGUGCUCUAAGGGUGCUCAAUUUCCAAAAGCAGCUGCGUGCAGAGAUAUUAGGACAAGUCCGUCGCGAUACAACGCUGGAAACCGCUGUGAAUAUAAAGGCAUACAAACGUACAAAGCGGCAAGGAUUACGUGAGGCUCGAGCUACCGAGAAACUCGAGAAGCAACAGAAGCUAGAAGCUGAGAGGAAACGGAGGCAGAAACACCAAGAGUUCCUGCAGACGGUCUUACAACAUGCGAAGGACUUCAAAGAGUAUCAUCGCAACAACAUCGCUAAGCUGUCGAGGUUGAACAAGGCGAUCAUGACACACCACGCGAACGCCGAGAAGGAACAGAAGAAAGAACAGGAACGUAUAGAAAAGGAGCGUAUGAGACGUUUGAUGGCCGAAGAUGAAGAGGGCUAUAGGAAGCUUAUUGAUCAGAAGAAAGAUAAGCGUCUAGCCUUCCUACUAUCACAGACGGACGAGUACAUCGCCAGCCUCACUGAAAUGGUGAAACAACACAAACAGGAACAGAGGAAGAAACAGCAAGAGGAAGAGAAACGGAAGAGAAAAUCACGCAAGAAGAAGGUCUUGGAAGGUGGAGAGAUAGAUGCCUUGGAUGAUAGCUCACAAACAUCUGACUCACGAGUCAGUGUUAUGGACCCUAAGAGUGGAGAGGUACUGAAAGGUGAAGAGGCACCGUUGUUGUCUCAGUUAAAGGACUGGAUGGAGACACAUCCGGGCUGGGAAGUAUUGUCAGACUCGGACGACUCUGGAGAUGACAGCCAGGAUGAAUAUGGUCGUAAGGGAGGUCACAAGGCUGAAAACAAAGAGAAGAGUGAGGAAGAAAAGAAUCGCGAGUUGAUUAAGAAGGCUAAGGUUGAGGACGACGAAUAUAAGACUGAGGAACAGACGUACUACAGCAUCGCUCACACUGUCCACGAGUCCGUCACAGAACAAGCUAGUAUACUUGUGAAUGGAAAUCUAAAGGAAUAUCAAAUUAAGGGUCUUGAGUGGUUGGUUUCUCUAUUCAAUAACAACCUCAAUGGAAUUUUGGCGGAUGAAAUGGGUCUCGGAAAAACUAUACAGACUAUAGCAUUGGUUACUUACCUUAUGGAGAAGAAAAAAGUCAAUGGACCAUUCCUCAUUAUUGUACCAUUGAGUACACUUUCAAAUUGGGUGUUGGAAUUUGAGAAGUGGGCGCCGACGGUUCAAGUGGUGUCAUACAAAGGAUCGCCUCAAUCAAGACGACUCUCACAGAGUCAGCUGAGAGCGUCCAAGUUCAACGUCCUCCUCACUACAUAUGAAUAUGUCAUCAAGGAUAAGAGCACAUUGGCAAAGAUACACUGGAAGUACAUGAUUAUCGACGAGGGUCAUCGUAUGAAGAAUCACCACUGUAAGUUGACCCAGGUGUUGAACACUCAUUACGUAGCGCCUCACCGACUGCUGUUAACUGGUACUCCGCUGCAGAACAAACUUCCUGAACUGUGGGCGUUACUCAACUUCUUACUUCCAUCCAUAUUCAAGAGCUGCUCCACUUUCGAGCAAUGGUUCAACGCUCCGUUUGCUACAACGGGAGAAAAGGUUGAAUUGAAUGAAGAAGAAACAAUACUUAUCAUCCGUCGUUUGCACAAAGUGUUGCGGCCGUUCUUGUUACGACGUCUUAAGAAGGAGGUGGAGAGCCAGCUGCCCGAUAAAGUGGAAUACAUCAUUAAGUGUGAGAUGAGCGGCCUUCAGAGAGUACUAUAUAAACACAUGCAGUCGAAGGGCGUGUUACUGACUGACGGCUCUGAAAAGGGCAACAAGGGCAAGGGCGGGGCGAAGGCUCUCAUGAACACCAUUGUACAGCUACGGAAACUGUGUAACCAUCCCUUCAUGUUCCAACACAUUGAGGAGAAGUUCUGCGACCACAUCGGUACCGGCGGAGGAAUUGUCACAGGACCCGAUCUAUACCGUGUUUCUGGUAAAUUUGAACUUCUCGACCGCAUCUUGCCUAAACUGAAACAAACUGGUCACAGAGUGUUAGUGUUCUGUCAAAUGACACAAUGUAUGACUAUCAUCGAAGAUUACCUGUCUUGGAGGGGAUUCCAGUAUCUGAGGUUGGACGGUAUGACGAAAGCCGAGGAUCGUGGAGAAUUGCUGAAGAAAUUCAAUGACGUGGGGUCUGAUUACUUUAUCUUCUUGUUGUCGACUCGCGCCGGAGGUCUGGGUCUCAACUUGCAGAGCGCUGAUACUGUUAUCAUCUUUGACUCGGAUUGGAAUCCACAUCAGGAUCUACAAGCACAAGAUCGAGCCCAUCGUAUUGGACAGCGAAAUGAAGUGCGUGUACUACGUCUCAUGACUGUGAACUCUGUUGAAGAAAGAAUUUUAGCAGCGGCCAGAUACAAACUGAACAUGGACGAAAAAGUUAUUCAAGCUGGUAUGUUCGAUCAGAAGUCCACGGGAUCUGAACGUCAACAAUUCCUGCAGAGCAUUUUACAUCAAGACGGGGAUGAUGAAGAGGAAGAGAACGAAGUGCCAGAUGACGAUUUGAUCAAUGAAAUGAUAGCUCGCUCCGAAGAAGAAUUAGAGAUAUUCAGACGGAUCGACCUCGAGCGUAAGAAGACUGAGACACAGUCGAGACUCAUUGACGAGUCGGAACUACCGGACUGGCUCGUGAAGAACGAUGACGAAGUUGUGUGUAAUAAGGGUCAAGGUUGGAAUUAUCCCGACGAGGAUGAGACACUCGGUCGCGGGUCGAGACAGCGCAAGGAGGUGGACUAUACUGACUCACUGACUGAGAAAGAUCUGCUGCAGGCUAUAGACGAAGAUAUGGACGAAGAAGAUGACGAUGACGAUGACGACGAAGUGUUGGAUAAGAAGAGGAGGCGGGGGAGGAAACGACGACGAAAUCAAGAUGAUUCUGACGAAGACGAAGUGCCGUGCACCUCGAGGAGAAAAAGCAAAACAGAACUUAAUCAGCUCAAGAAACGUUUGAAGAAUAUUAUGAAGAAAGUCAUUGAUUAUUCUGAUGAAAAUGGUCGCGUACUAUCAGAACCAUUUAUGAAGCUGCCGUCUCGCCGUGAGCUUCCCGAUUAUUAUGAUGUCAUUAAGAAACCGCUCGACAUCAAGAAGAUUAUGAACAGGAUUGAGGAUGGAAAGUACACUGACAUAUCAGACUUGGAGCGGGAUUUCUUCACUCUGUGUGCAAACGCUCAAACUUAUAAUGAAGAAGCGUCUCUUAUUUACGAGGACUCUGUACGUUUACGGAACGUUUUUGUAGAAAUACGACGACGCUAUGACAGCGGUCAGAACUCUGACGACUCGGAUGAAAACGAUAAAGAUGACGACGAUUCCGAUGGGGAAUCAAAUCGGUCGGUUAAAAUGAAAAUCAAAUUGAAGAACAAGUCUAAGAGCGCACAGUCCAGGAAAGGGAAGAAACGUAAAUGUAUAUCUGACGACGAUGAGUAUGAAGAUGAUUAA